AUGAUCGCUUUCUCGUGUGUCAUUGGCAUAGGCCUCUUCCUCCAGAAUGGUAGAAUCAUAAACCUUGCUGGGCCUGGAAUGGCAUGGCUAGCGUAUCCCCUGAUGGGAUCGAUUGUAUGGUCGGUUCAAGCAGCUCUUGGCGAGAUGACCGCUCUUUUUCCCGUCCCGGGCGCGCUGUUUGAAUUGCCGUGUCGUUUCUUGGACCAGUCGAUAGGAUAUGCCGUGGGGUGGAUGUCCUGGUUUGCCUGGGUUGUUAUCAUCGCGGCUGAAUUGCAAGGAGUCGCUGGUUUGUUCCAAUUCGGCUUCAGCCCAGCAGACCUUCAAAGAUUGGGCUAUCCGAAGCCGUCGCUGAAAUGGUCGACAAGUGAAGUCAACCCUGCGGUCUGGAUCUCCAUUUUCCUCCUCCUCACACUCGCUGUCAACCUCGUUCGAGUGCGGUGGUUUGGUGAAAUCGAAUACUGGAUCGGCUUCAUGAAGAUGGUGUUCAUCGUUGGGUUGAUACUGUUCAACAUUGGUAUCAAUAUCGAGACCGGAACCCACUUUCGCUUCUACAACGACCCAUGGGGGUUCGUUUCGCGUGCCUGGACCACACCAAGCGGUGCUGUGGAGACCGGAGGCUGGGGACGUCUUGCAGGUGUUUGGUCUGCCAUGACGUUGACCAUAUUCUCGAUGAUCGGAUUCGAAGCGGUUACAGUCACCGCCGCAGAAAACCGAGAGCUGCGCACGUUUGAAGGCGUCAAGAUUUCCAGCCGCAAGAUUGCCAUGAGGAUCAUUCUGCUUUACAGCCUGGCGACCUUCACUGUCGGGCUCAACGUCCCCUAUGACGAGCCCCUUUUGGUCAACCGGGAAAUCUCGGCCUUGGAUAAUGGCACUCACUCAGCUUUCGUGCUGGCAGCGAUACGAGCAGGGAAGACGUUCUGGCCGAGAUUCUUCAACGGGUUCUUCAUUCUCUCAGCCACAUCCUCGGGCAUCAACUCGCUGUACCUGUCAUCGCGCAUUCUGCAUGCGCUGGCGCUCUCCGAGCAGGCGUGGCCCAGAUUUCUUCGAAAGUUUCAGGGGCGAUUGCAGGAGACAGGGUCCCAAGGCGUUCCACGCAAUGCCGUGUUACUAAGCUGGCUCUUCGGGUUUCUUGGAUAUCUGGCCGCGGGCAAAACACCAUCCCACCAACUGGGCCGGCUGGCCCUCAACUCGACGGUUUCGAUGCUUGUUGUGUACGCGGUGAUCUGUGUGACGUUUCUCAGAUUCAAAGGCUUCGCAUCCCGCAUCCCACGAGCUUCCAUUGAUCCUGGGCAAGACCUUGGAGCAUACUCUAGGAGAAAGACGACCAUCACCUACCCAUAUCGCUCGAACGGGCAGCCAUUGCGGACGUGCUAUGCCCUCUUCGGCUGCACGGUGUUGAUACUCUUCAAUGGCUGGCGCUCGGUCUCUCCGUUCAGUGGCGCGGACUUUGUUGCGUCGUACAUCAGCGUCUUCGUAUUCGUUGCUCUUUGCGUCCUCUAUCGUUGGCAUCUGCAUCGUCAGAUACUCCCUCGUCUGCAGCCAACGUUAUACCUCCGACACCCUGUGAUGGUGGAUGUGACGGAUGAAAAGUAUGGUCGAGACAAGCUUGUGUUUGGAAAGGAGGAUAACUUGUCAGCAAGAAUCGUCAAGACAGGUGAAUGGAUCUGGGUAUGGCUCAAGUGA